AUGGAUGCCAUACCUGCUAUUCCUAGGGUUCCUAGGUCUCAACCCAAUCCCUCUGUCUCUAUGACCACUAACUCUCUGUUUGUGUCGCCUGAGGCUGCAACUUUCUAUCAAGAAGUUGUUUCCAAGAGGAAGUUUGUCGUUGAGAGAUCUUACACUUUAGAUGCUCUCCCUACAAAGGCUUGGUGUGAUACAUCCCAACUGUUCACACACUACAAACUUCACACCCUCAAUGUCCUUUCACGUAAGUUCAAUGCCUCUGCUAUUAAGGAAUUUUAUUCAAAUCUUCCUGUUGAUCCUCAAGUCACAAACUUUUGUGUCUUUGUUCGAAAUGUGCCACUCAUUAUUCGCCCAUCUCUUAUUAAUCGAACCCUAGGUUUUAGGUCUUAUCCUGGUCUUGAUUAUGCUCAGUUCUCUGUGGCACUGUCACAAUAUACGAUUGCCUCAUUUAGAACAGUGGCCUCUCCAUUCUUCUUACUCCCAAGGUUUUUGUGGGAUUUUGUGUUCCAUAACCUCCUUCCAACCGCUAACGAUUACAAUUCGACCCUGGCAGGUCAUUGCCCUGUUGCUGCUACGCUGAGUCCAUUGAAGGAGACGUGUGUCUUAGACUCUGAUGACAUUGGCUCGGACAUACCUCCAGGUGAUUUUGAAGGCUCUUUAGUGUUUUAG